AGUCCCUCUUGGUGUUUUUUGGUCUGUUUCCUUGGGCUUCGUCUGGCUGCACUUCCUUGAAGUUCCUGAUCCGUCGGCGGUUCCUCAUUAUGGGGCUGCUGUUGUGGCGUUUGGCCUUUCUGCGGUUGUUGAGCUUCUAGGAGAACCGUUCUGGGUUUUAGCCCAGGCUCACUUGUUUGUAAGACUUAAGGUAAUUGCUGAAAGCCUUUCCGUAGUGUCAAAAUGCAUUCUGACGGUUGUUCUAGUCAUCCUUUAUCCACAGUGGGGCCUCUACAUUUUUUCCUUGGCUCAGCUUUUAUACACCAGUGUUCUGGUAAUGUGCUACGUGGUUUAUUUUGCCAAGUUCUUGGGAUCUCCUGAAGCAGCAAAGAAGUCCUUUCCAAUCCCAACAAUGAAAGCUUUGUUACCGAACUUGAUGGAAGCUCAGCCUUUCCUUAACUGGAAGGAGGCGCGGCUGACUUGGAGCUUCUUCAAGCAAUCCUUCCUGAAGCAGAUUUUGACAGAGGGUGAGCGAUACGUGAUGACUUUUCUGAACGUGAUCGAUUUUGGCGAUCAGGGUGUGUAUGAUACCGUGAACAAUCUGGGUUCGCUGGUGGCCAGGUUCAUCUUUUUGCCUAUUGAAGAGAGCUUUUAUGUCUUUUUCGCUCAAGUGUUGGAAAGAGGGAAGAACGUAAAGGAUCAGAAGCAGGAUGACGUUGCUCUGGCUGCAGACGUGUUGGAGUUGCUGUUGAAGCUGGUGCUUUUGAUCGGCCUGACCAUUGCUGUUUUUGGCUAUGCCUUUUCUCAGCUGGCUCUGGAUAUUUAUGGAGGUUCGAUGCUCAGCUCCGGAACAGGUCCAGACCUUCUGCGGUGCUACUCUUUGUAUGUCCUAUUUCUUGCUGUCAAUGGAGUAACAGAAUGUUUCACGUUUGCUCUGAUGUGCAAAGAGGAGGUGGACAGAUACAACUUUGUUAUGCUGGCCUUGUCCUUCAUGUUCCUGUGCAGCUCUUACUUCUUGACCCGCUGGCGUGGAAGCGUUGGCUUUAUCCUUGCCAACUGCUUUAAUAUGGGUAUUCGCAUUGCUCACAGCAUCCAUUAUAUCUAUGGUUACUUCAAGGAAAGCUCCUACAGGCCUUUGACAGGCUUGCUUCCCUCACCAUUCUUAAUACUGGCUUAUGUCAUAAGCGGAGGAAUUACUGUUUACUCAGAGGCACUGUUCUGCUGCGACAAGGGAUGGACGGCAAGGCUGAUUCACAUCAGCAUUGGGGCGCUGUGCUUUGCAGCUACCACCAUCACCAUGUUCUGCACGGAGACCAAGCUGGUCCGCUUUGUCAGAAGCCAGUUUCUCUCCCAGUAUAUGAAGAAAGGAAUGUGAAAUGCUCGUGGGCAGAAUAGUUCUUGUACAUGGUUGCAGUUGCAGAGGGUUGUAUUUUUUGCACAGGUCUGCGUGGAGAAAGGUUUCCACAUGAAUUUGUUGGAAGUAUUGGUAGUGACAGUAUAACUGGUUGCUGACUGAGCUAGUCCACACAGAUGAAGAGAGCCGAGUAAUUUUCUCUUCCUGCAUCGUUCUAUUUGAGCUUUUCUUCCAACGGCCUCUUUGGUGAUGAAGGUCUGUAAUGCACCUGAUGUAAUGCCUGACGUAAACCGAUGGCCAGAGUUACUGUGGGGAGCUCCCUUCUUACCAGCAGGGAGUCCACAUGUGAAGGCGUUGUAUGGCUUAACUAAGAUGUAACUAAGAGUGUCCUUAUUGAGCAUGGUGGGCUGUUGAAACUGUUAGAGAACAAAUAUUUUGACAUUGAAAAACGAAACCCCGAACCAAAAUCUGAAGCAAGGACCAAUCACAACGUAACAGCUACCAGAAGAGGACUUAAUGCAGUGCAGAAAAACUGUGUGAUCAGUGGCCUGAAGUGUAAAGCACUGAGCAGACAGUUCUGACACUUGCAGGGAAGCUACUGGAAUACAUUGCACGCGUCCAAGCCCAAGGUGGCUGUGUCAGUUUACUUCCUUCCACAUCAUUCCUGUAAUGAGAGCGUUGACCAGCCUGUCAGAAAUACUCUGAAGCUUUUAUCUGAACAGGAAUGCAGUGGGUUUUUGAGCAAUGCCUAACAACAGCUGUGACCUACAGUCACAUCAAAGCUGAGGUUCCAGAAGGUAGAGUUAAACAUGAUUGACUUCGCUCCUUUUCUGUUCCUAUCUGAGAUGAUCAGUGCGAUUAUGAGCAGAUUUCUCUCCAUGGAAUGCCUUGCUUUUCUGCAAAGUGGAAUGUUCUAUGUAUGUUGAGUAAGAUUUCUUUCUGGGUUUGUUUGUGUGGGAUCUCUUGCUUUUGGAUAAAACAAUGCUGCCUUCUGUUAAAAGAGAUUUGUCACCUG